CAGCUGGGUGUUGAAGGUCUAUUUUACCAGUCGGUCUGCCUUCGUGUAUGUUUGAAAUUUACUGCAACAGAAAAUGUAAAACAAACUACAAGAAAGUGGGCGUCAAGAGUGAUGCCUGUCAGGUAAAGCCCCGCCCACUGGCUCCGGCGGCUCCGCCCCGUCCGGCUUCUCUCCCGCGCUCCGCUCUUGCAGGGUUCCAGUGUGUGGUGUUUCCAACUUUCUCAUGUCCCCUCGGGAAUCCAUUCACAUCCCAUGCCAUAAGUCGCGCUGUCAAUUCUUGGCCAGGCCCGGCAAACUGCUCUGAGCUCUCAGGAGUCACCCGCCGCCUCUGGUCCUGGCCCGCAGCCGCCCGGCUCCCCCGCCCUGGGGCGUUUGGUCGCGCCCGGCCGCCAGCCCUGGGAGCGCGUCCGCGUCGUCAUGGCGACGCUCCGAGCGGGCGCCGGCGCCUGCCGAAUCCGGCCCGGGAACCACCUCCAGGGACAUGACCUUUGGCUCUAAAAGGAAGACUCCAUUUUUCAUGAUAAAAUGGCAGUGGUGAAAACCCCCAGCAGAGGACUAAAGAAUGCUAAAGAACCCUUUAAUAAUGCAUCGCCCCAGCUCUUGAAGGACCUAGUGGAGGAGCCGAAGAAAAGAAAAGAAGUACCUAAUCACCUCCUCGAAUCAAAGGUUUAUGCAAAACUUGUGAGUAAUAAGGUCCUACAGGCCAGACCUGGCAUAAUACAUUUUGGAGGCUAUCAAGUAGAAAAACAGCACCAACAGAUCCUGUAUCUGGUCAAUGUUUCCAACGAAGACACAAGUGUUCAUAUUUUACCCCCGCAAACCAAAUACUUUGAGAUCAAUUAUGUAAGAAAGGAACACCACCUGGUCCCUGGCUUGUCCCUCACAGUCACCGUUACAUUUUCUCCAGAUGAGUGGCGAUACUAUUAUGACUGCAUCCGCAUUCACUGUAAGGGAGAUGACACUUUGCUUGUUCCUAUUCAUGCCUAUCCAGUAAUGAACUCACUGGACUUUCCUUCAUUUAUAAAUCUGUCAAAUGUUCUACUUGGUGAAAGCAAAAGUUAUGUUAUUCCUUUGCAGUGCAGCUGCCCUGUAGAUUUUGAGUUCUAUAUCACUUUGAUUCAGUCUCAUCAAGCCUUUGCUAUUGAGCCAACAUCAGGAAUAAUUCCGGCUAAUGGGAAGAUGACUGUGACUAUUAAGUUUACACCCUUUCAGUAUGGGACUGCACAAAUAAAAAUGCAGUUAUGGAUUUCACAAUUCAACUCUCAACCGUACGAAUGUGUCUUCACCGGAACAUGCUAUCCCAACGUGGCCUUACCAUUAGAAGAGUUCGAAAGGUUCAAUACUCUUUCUAAGAAAGUAAACGUUCCUCCAGAAAAAGCAAUGAUGCAUAUAAAUUUUCACCGACCACCAGCGAAGCUGCAGUCUCAGAAGGUGAAGGAAAUUGAGUACCAGAACCUCAGAUUUCCAGUAGAUUUAUCGAAUCCAUUUGCUGUAGCAACUGUUUUAAACCAAGAACCAGGAAAAUUGAAGAUUAAAGAAUUAAGAGAAGUUUUGGACCAGGGCACUGAAAUUUCAAAAACGAGACAGAUGAAGGAGGCACUCUUUGAACAGAAAGUCAGACAGGACAUUCACGAUGAGAUGGAAAAUCAUCUUAAGUGGCAGGUGCACCUUGGUAAAGAUCCUAUGUCUUUUAAACUUAAAAAAGAGCUUACUGAGGAGUGGCAAAGAGCAUGUGCCAAAUAUAAGCUAGAUAGAGGAGAUCCUAUUUUGGAUGAGGAAUUUCAGCGACUUAAAACAGAAGUUAGCCAAAAACGGGUCGUUCGCAACCAAGAAGAGAAAAUCAAGGAAUUUCAUCCUACUUUUGAUCCACUCAUUAAUAACACUUGGCUCAGCAGGUCCAGGGCACAAAAACGGUUUCAACAAGUAGCACGCAAGGUCAUGAUUCAGGGACGAUUAUUCAAUAUGCUGAGUGCUGUUCGUGAAAUGGACAAAGAGAGUGUACUGAGAAAGAUCGGCCAAGCAAAACAAUCGAUGGCACAAGAGGCAAAUUUCUUCAAAUUCUUCCUGAAGCGGAGCAGUCAGGAUGAUUAUACCAGCCGAUUCUCUGUGUCGCCCAAUGAGGUGCUGCCCUUCGCUUUCCCAGACUGCAGCUCGUCCCAGGACUCUAACGAGUUGGCUCCUGAUGGCCUUGGACUGGUCCCAAUUAAGUCUUCAGAAGUUCAAAUCAAGCAGAGUUAUUCCUUCUUCAAUCUGCAGGUUCCUCAACUGUACAAAAUUAAGAGAUAUCAGCCAUUCUCUGUCCACAAGUCUUCAACAAGUUACAGACCUCAAAAGCUUGCCCGAGCCCUAAAGCAAGGAGCUGAGGAUGAAGUCACCACCAUCGUACCCCUUCCGAAACAAGACUCCACAACUCAGCUCUCUGGCAAGACAUCAAUCUUGAGCAUGAAACCACCUGAGGCCUUAGCCACGUCUCUGGAUUAUGAUCCUCUGUAUAUUUUUAAUCCCAACCCAGGAUUAUUUGCUGUAAUGCAUCCUCUGACCUACGCAGAAACGUCGAUAGAUUACCAUCUAUGCUCUCACCCGAAGUACAAAAUCACCAAAGAGUCCCACCACGGGUCCAGCAUUCCUGUCACCCAAAAGCAGUUUCUCCAUCACACGGACAUUAUUCCUGGAAUAAUGCACUGGAAAAGCUUCCAGUCCCUGGUUCUCUCCUGCCUGCCGGACCCCUCCAAGAUGGAGACCACAAAGAGCAUAUUUCUAGAAUGUCAAAUCUCCAGAGCUGGUGGGAACAAUGGCAUCGAAGAGAGAAGGAAAGCUUUGGCAUGGGAGAGACCUGCCUCCACUGUACGCUGGAUGUAUCACCAGCUCUGUUCUUGGGCGAGCUACGUAUUAAUGAAGCCCUUGGAGCAAUAAUCUCCUCCUCUCUGAGACAGAGGCAGUGACGGCAUCCUCACAUUUGUGUGUGUGAGGAUAAAAGUGCAAUGAUCUUGUGAAGCAUCUAGCAUCAUGCCUGGUACAUUCUUAGUAACUCUUCUCUCGCUUCUACCCUCCUUCCCCGCCCACUAAGUGUCGCAGUCACUCCAUCGCCACCAGAUGGCGAUGGUCCGUCACCACAUUGACAGACUGCCUCAUUUUGCUGCGGGUGAGGAUGCUUCAGAUCUGACCGCUGCAGUCAGUAAACAGGAUUUGGGGUGCUGUCAGGAGACUGAAUAACAAAAAUGAAGAAUGGUGAGAAGUAGCGACCCGCUGACCAUGUCCACCCGUUGUCAGCAUGUGCAGUUCUUAAGAAUCAAGAAAAAGCAUCCUAUUUUCUUUCCAAAGCAAUGUCCUUGGAAAAAAAUCUCCCAAGGCUGUUCUUUCAACAAGCAGUGAGAAUGCAGUUACCUUGGGCUUGAAUAACCAUGAAUUAAACAUGAACUCUCCAUGAAUUAAAGAAAACUCUCGAACCAUGAGUUGUUACUUUCAGCUUAUGUGCCUGAGUGCUCUGUUGGGCCAGUUUGUUUCAAAAUAAACUGCAGUUGCAUAACAGCUGAUAAAAUCAAGAGAGGAUUCUGUAUCUCCUUAGCGUGGAUUUCCACAGGAUGUAAGACUCUAGGUCAUGUUUUAUUUCUGAAAACACAUACAAAAUAAGAAGUGUAAUUCCUUUUUUAAGUUCUGUCUUAGUUUGUUUGGGCAGCUAUAAUAAAAUACCAUAGAUGUAA